CAUAAGCGACGACCGCAAGCGACCCCGAAAACGAGAGAGAGGCAACGACACGCAACGCUUCAACCCACGCCCUGCCGACCGACGCUCCCAUAUUCGAAAUGAACGGCAUCUCGAAAACCAAGAAGGGACUGGGCGACUCCAUCUGGGCUGCCCGAGGCAAAGCUCAACCCUCGUACAAAUACCAGUCGAACCAGUACCAUUCCUCCGUCAUCACACCCGCCGCACCGAGACCGCCCUCCCCGAUCAAGAACGGCGCCUUUCGACCCGCCACGACCGCCUCCACGCCUGGUUCGGCUACACCCAACAGCAACGGCAACGGGAACACAAACACAAACACAACCCCCAUCUCUCACACACCUCGACUGAGCGGUGGCCCUUCGGCGCAACAGGAGUUCAAGCGGUACAUCCAAAUCGUCCGCCGACUGAAGUGGAAGCUGCCGUACCUGAGCCACGGGUACCACCACGCCAUAGCACGGCCUGGGUCGCCGCUGUACGGGGGCGAGACGGACGCCGAGGAGGCGGAGCUCAUGUUCAAGCUCGACUUUUACGAGUAUUACAUGCUGCUGGAGCGGGCGUUGGUGCAUUUGAUGGGGGUGUUUGGGAUUACGAUCUCGCGGGACGGGUGGGUUACUACGACGACGAUGACCACGGCGAGGCAGGGGAAUGGGACGCAGCAGCAGGCGACGCAUACGUAUCAUCAGAAUGUGAUUGCGGCGUUGGAGAAGGAGGAUAAUCCGCUUCAUGAGGCGUUGGGGAGCGGAGAGGUGGUGUUUCAGUUGUUGAGGGCCAAGGAGCUGCGGAAUCGAUGGAAGUAUGCCGAGGAUCCUGCCGACCCGGACGGCAGCGGCAGCGGCAACAGGAACGGCGGCAGGAGCAGCAUGGCGGCGAGGGAGAGGGCUGGGACGGCGCCGUUGGAGAGCUAUGACCUGGAUAGGAUUUUUAAGUACAUCUUUGCCGGGUUCGAUGCUGGGUAUGCGGUUGCGGAGCAGUGGGUGCAGGCGGAGAUGGGGGCUGGUGGUGUUGGUGGUGGUGCCGGCGGUGCUGGUCUAGGUGGUGGGGUUGUCGAGAUGGAAGAGGAUGAGUUUGAUUUCAUGGUCGAGGCUAUGGAUUGGGAGGCUGUUUAGUGAGCUGUUGGUUUUGGGGCUGGAUGGUUCUUGUUGGACGCAAUGUUGUGGAUGUUGGUAUUAGUCCCGUGAUGGAGAGGAAAGGUGCUGCUCCUCGGUGGUGUUAGAUCAUAAGUCUGACGGGAGACGUUGGUCCGGACCGUUGAGGGCCUUGUGAGGAUCCAAAUGGUGGCAUAGCAUGCAUUAUUAGACGAUACCCCUUAUUCUUUAGGUUGUUGACUAGAAGUAUAUGAUUUCAAGAACUUGGUUUCUUGACCUGGCUUGAGGUGUUCAGGCUUGCUCGAGCUAUGGGAUUGUGAAACU